ACCAGCUUGACAACGCGUCUCCUCCGUGAAUGAAAGCCACCAAACCCUCCGUCCAGAAUAUACCCCGUGCUUCCUUUGUUGAGCCAUAUUCGCGAAGCCGACAGCUCCGACACCCUAUUCUCACGACGUUAUAGGUCCCUCCCUUGCUCUUCAUCGAAGCUCCAGCUCCGUACACUGCGCGGCAGUGGCCGCCAGGGAGGUCAACUCUCGUCCGCAAUCGUCCCUCGACGCCUUGUGUUAAUUCCUUCUCCGGUCACCCUCACCAUCCUGCUACUCAUCUCACUAUGUCAUCUGCCUCAACCCGUUCUUACCUGCAUCGUCGCCUCGAUAGCAGCAGGAGCACUACCCGGUCGAGGGCGUCUUCCCGAGCCCAACAGCAGACUGUCAGCUACGACGAAGCUUACUCCUUCGCCCUCCGCAUCGCCUACCUCAAUCAUCUAUUGCAGCCACCGACGAAGCGAAAACAAUGGGUCCCGGCGCCGAAACCCGUUGAGCGGCAGAACUCCAGCGCCUUAAUCGGCCAAUUCGCCUCGGGCAGCGUCAGACUGCCCCAUGGUUUUCGCCCCGACUUGGAAAAGAAGAUGAAAGAGGUUCUCCAGGGCACGUCCCCGCUACCAGGCUAUAACGAUCCGGCCGUCAAGAGGAGCUUUGCGCUCGCCUUCAACUCCUUCACCGAGAGGGCGUUCCAAAAGUCGGUGGAUAAGGACAGGAAGAUUGAGCCCUACAUCCUCAUGUUUUACUCCUCCGCUCGCAAAGCGGCCCAGUCGACCGCCGCCCACAACGGUUCCGCGCACGACGACUCCUCGAAACUAUUAGCCGACCGACACAUCGCUCUGUUUGUGCGUUUGGUCUCCCAUAUGCUUCGUGAGAAUGGGGCGGAUCGGGACAGGCCCGAGCUCAUGAGCCGCCUCGGCACCCUGGAGAACAAGCUCCUCACCAACGACCAGAACCUAGCCGCUGUCACCGGCCAAAACGGCGGCAUAAUGAUCGAGGUCACUGUUCCCAUCAGCCACGACGUCAAGGAUAUGCCCAUGGUCUUGCUCGUGUCGCGCAUCUUCGACCGCCAGCCCGCCGAUGCACAGGCUGAUAUCGAUGCCCACAUGUCGAUCUGGACCGAGAAGGCUGCUCUGCAGGAUCUCAAGGCAUACCAGCACAGGUUGAAUUCCGCUGCCACCGGCGCGUUGCGCAAGCAGGACUUCGACCUAGACGAGGCGUUCGAGGCGUGGAAGCGGUCGGAGGCACCUCAUCUCUCACAGAUACUCCUCGACAUCCUCACAGCGAAGCCUGAACUGGCCAAAGCCUCCUCCUCGUCCGCCUCGGCAUCUACGGGCCUCGAUAGCAAACCUUUACCAGGACGACCGCAGUCAUUUUAUGGGGACGAUCAAGCAUAUGCUGACCUGGGCAGAGCCAUCGCCAGUGGCGAUUAUUCGAGUCCCACGCUCGACCAUUCCCUAAGCCUAAGCUCCCUAUCGCUGGACGAUGCCCCGAGCACAAUCCGGACCGUUGACGACCCUACGUACACGUUCAUACCCCCAGAUCCCCGGGCUUUCUAUAAAUCGAUCCUCUCUUACUGUAUGGAUCAUGAUCAUCGCAAUUCAGACCCCGAGCUACCGUAUGCACCGUUAUCCAAACACACCGUGGAAUUUCUGGUCGAGCUCUGUGUAUACUGGCGGGUGCCUCAGUUCUCGAGGCUGGUCGCGUUCCUAGAAGUAGCAUCCAGGCGUUUCCUCGAUCAUAGAAUAGGGGUGGAUGAGCUGGCCAUCUGCUUGGACUUUGUCAAGAGCGCGGGAACGGAAUUCAAGAAGCCUCCUCACAUUGAGCAGUAUGCCGUUGGGCUCACCGGGAUCGACCGGUCACUCUGGACGCUCCACGAUUACGCCGCCCAUCAGCACACAUUGCAACUCCUUCAUGAUGCGCUCUUGCGGGAUCUCUACGAUCAGCUCCAAGGAUGCUACGGCCAAAGUCCUCCCAAUAUCGGGAUGGUUAUGCACCUCCUCGAAAACCACGUCCAAAAUGACCCCGGUUUCUCGCCGCGGUCUGGGCAAAUGGAGGACUUUGCUACCCAGGUCAGCGAACGGCUCCGGAGAUCUGCACAGGAACUCUAUACGGCCAUCGUCGAGGCUAAAUUGCCAGAUGACGCCGCGGCGUGGCAAUUCUGCCAUGUUGUGGAGAUGGGCAAGCUGGUGGUCAGCCGCAUUACCAAGAUCCAAAAGCGGUACAGGAACGCGCCGGAAAUCAUGGGGGUGAGGCCACUGGCCAUACUCGUGGAGAGUACGCUUCCGUUGUUCGAAAAAGACGCAGAACAUAUCAUCGCAAAGUCCAUUGAGACCGCCCAAACUAAUGGAGAGGAGAUUGACAUCCAGGACGGGUUCGACUUGUACCGAGAGCUUGUGACGCUGCGUGGCCACCACCGCCAGUACCUACCAAACCAGCCCUUCGCAUUCGACGUCGAGGCUUUACUGGAAGGCUUCGUGUGGAGGUGGAUUAAGACCACAGAGGGUAGAAUGCAAGAGUUCGUCGAGAAUGCCAUCAAGCAAGACAACUUCGGAGUUAGGCCUUCGAAUGCGGACCAACCGCCUCUAGAUGCCGAACGGCACAGCGUUUCCAUUGUCGACCUGUUCAUGCUGUUUAGGCAAACAGCUGCCCAGAUCGAGGAUCUGCACUGGGAGAACGAGUAUCAUCACGCCCGCUUCAUGACGCGGCUGGCUCAUUCGUUCGCUGUGGGGAUCGAAAAGUACUGCGAGCUGGUCAGUAAGAUUUUCGCCGCAGAUAUGGACCGGCCCUCGCCCGAGGAGCUCGCCACCGCGUCUCGGACAGCACAGGAAAAGUUCCUCAAGUAUGCCAAAGAUGCCUGGAACUCCAAGGAGAAGCCCACCCCUUACAACUUCAACUCACAGGUUUUUGUCAUGCUCAACAAUAUCGAGUACGCCAAGCAAGAGCUCGAUAAGCUGGAAAGGUCAAUAAAUGUGGAUAUGUGUGCCGAGAUCAUCCGUCAGGUGGAAGGUCCCAAAGCGCAGCCCAGGAAACCCAACAAGUAUAACUUUACGGUCAAGGUCGUGGAGGCCGAGGACCUCAAGGUGUGCGACACGAACGGAUUCAGUGAUCCUUACGUCGUCCUGGUGGACGAGUGCCAGAAUCGUCUUCACAAAACUAGAGUCAUCCGUAAGAACUUGAAUCCGCGUUGGGAUGAGACCAUAGACAUCACGGUAACGGCGCCGAUCACCAUCCUCGCCACGAUAUGGGACGACGACAUGUUCGGGGAUCACGACUACGUUGGGCGGACGUCAUUUAAGCUAGACCCGCUGCACUUUAGCGACUACAUCCCCCGAGAAGUCUGGCUCGACCUUGACUCCCAGGGCAGGCUCCUGGUGAAGAUCAGCAUGGAAGGCGAGCGAGACGACAUUGAGUUCCAGUUUGGCAAGGCAUUCAGGGACUUGAAACGCACUGAACAGUCCAUGGUCCGGAAGAUUACUGACAAGCUUCGGGACCAGAUCAACGCGACCAUUUCGCUUGAGACGCUCCGAAACCUUCUCAAGAGCGGUGGCAUCGGCGCGUCUGUGACGAGCCUUUGGAAGAAGAGGGCUUCGACGAUGCCGGUAGUGCUGACACGGCAAGACAUCGAAGACUCACUGGGGCCUCUCUGCGACUACUUCUUCGACAACUUUUCCGUCAUGAGUCAGACAUUGACGAAAGACACGAUGCGGUCCGUCAUGCUUCGCCUCUGGAAGGAGGUCCUCCUGGCCGUCGAGGGCCUUCUGGUGCCGCCCUUGUCGGACAAGCCAUCGGAGCAGCGACAACUCAGCCAGAAGGAGAUGGACACGGUGUACAUUUGGCUGGACACGCUCUUCAAGUUCUUCAACGCCAAGGACGAGACGGGAGCGGAGCUGGGCGUCUUACAGAACGACCUCAAGUCGCCUAAGUGGCACGAGCUGGCGACGCUCAACUUCUUCUACUUCGAGGAUACCAACAACCUAAUCCGCGAGUCGGAGCGCAUAGCGGCGGCUACGGCACAGCGGGCGCAGCAGGCGCUCAUGCAGCACAGCCGGCUCUCGGCGCCGGUGUCCCUGGGCCCGGCUCCCACGACGGGGGCGGCGGCGUUCGGGAGCAUGGGCACGAUCCGGCGCGGGAAGAGCAUCAUGAUGAGCCGUAACCUGGGGACGAUGCGGCGGGCCAAGGAGGAGAAGCGCAAGGAGGCGCAGGCGGACCCCAACGACGACAUGAUCCUGCGCAUUCUCCGCAUGCGACCCGAGGCGACGUGGUACCUCAAGGACCGCAGCCGGCAGAAGGAGCGGCAGUCGGCGGCCACGGCUGCGGCUAUGAUUGUGAGGAACAGCGUUCAUCAGGGAUGGGCCACGGGGAGUGCGGCAAGCGCGCGGUCUUCUCCUAGGCGCUGAAGAGAGGCAGGCAAGGAAUGACUUUAGCAGGCUCGGAAGAUGAUGGACACAUCCAGAGUCGUGUGUGUGUUGUAUUUUUUUUACGGCAUGAAUGGGG